AUGAUCUUGGCGGCAAGGUCAAGUGAAUCAAGUGAUACGGUUCCAAAUCCAAGGAAUGAUGGUGAUUAUAAAUACAAUGCAAUCACUACUAGGAGUGGCAAGACAAUUGGGGAAGAAUCAUUGGUGAAAGAUGAUGUGGUGGUUGAUGAUGAGAAAAUGGUUGAAGAACCCAUCAUUGUUAAGGAAGAAGUGAGUUCAAAGAAGAAGCGGGCUAGUAUUGAAAAGCCCAUUAUUGUUGAAGACGGUCCGAAAAUUGAUGAAGCUCCAAAAGGCAAGAAAGCGGUAGAGGUGGUGCCAAGGACUUCACCGCCUGCUCCAAGACCUCCUCCUUCAUUUCCUCAACGAUUGGCAAAGAAAGCGGAUGAUGGAAAGCUUCUCAAGUUUAUAGAGAGAUUAAAAGGGCUUUCAAUUAACAUUCCCUUGGUGGAAGCACUUGAACAAAUUGCCGGUUAUGCUAAAUUCAUGAAAGAUCUUGUAACCAAGAUGAGGCAUGCUAGUUUUGAAACAAUGGGAGAUACACAUCAUUGUAGCUCUAUUGUGACAAAGGCCUUGGUUCAAAAGAAAGAAGAUCCGGGAGCUUUCACCAUCCCUUGCACAAUUUGCAUGUAUAAAUUUGGCAAAGCACUAUGUAAUCUUGGAGCAAGCAUUAACUUGAUGCCGCUUGCUAUUUUUAACAAGUUGGGCUUGGCCACUCCCCGACCCACAAAAAUGAGCUACUAA